CGCAUGCUCCUUGCAGUCCAUUUAAAGCAGCUUCUGCUCGAGUGACCCGGAGAGAAGCAUCCCGUCCUCCCCGCCACCUCAGCGGCUGCAGCGCCAUGUCCAAACCCAAGUUCCAGACGGAGUGGGAGGAAAUAGACGAGGAGCACCAACAACUGCAGGAAAGUCACAAAGUAUACAGACACAAACUUGAGGAGCUCACCAAUCUUCAGACAACGUGCAGCAGCUCCAUCAGUAAACAGAGAAAAGGCCUGAAGGACCUGAGAUACAGCUUGAGCAAAUGUGCGAAAACGUGUGACGAGAUAGAACUGAAGUUGAUCACGGACAUCAAAACACAAAUCAAAGAUAAGGAAAAUGUCUUUUUUGAUAUGGAGGCAUAUUUGCCGAAGAGGAACGGACUGUACCUCAAUUUGGUCCUGGGCAACGUGAACGUAACACUUCUCAGCAACCAGGCAAAAUUUGCCUACAAAGACGAGUACGAGAAGUUCAAGCUUUACAUGACAAUAAUCCUGAUGUUCGGAGCCAUAACCUGCCUCUUCUUUCUCAACUAUCGUGUCACUGAUGAAAUCUUCAACUUUUUGCUGGUGUGGUACUACUGCACAUUGACCAUAAGGGAAAGCAUCCUCAUGAGCAAUGGCUCCAGAAUCAAAGGUUGGUGGGUGUCUCACCAUUAUGUGUCCACCUUUCUGUCUGGUGUAAUGCUGACCUGGCCGGAGGGGGCCAUGUAUCAGAUGUUCAGAAGCCAGUUUCUUGCUUUCUCUAUAUAUCAGAGCUUCGUUCAGUUCCUCCAGUAUUACUACCAGAGCGGCUGCUUAUACCGGCUGCGAGCUCUGGGAGAGAGGAAUCAGCUGGACCUCACAGUGGAGGGAUUCCAGUCCUGGAUGUGGAGAGGCCUCACGUUUCUUUUGCCAUUCCUCUUUUUUGGCCAUUUUUGGCAGCUGUACAACUCGGUGACCCUGUUUCGCUUGGCAGGACAUGAAGACUGUAAAGAGUGGCAGAUAUUUAUGUUGGCGUUGACGUUUCUCAUCCUGUUCCUGGGAAAUUUUCUCACCACGGUAAAAGUUGUGCACCAGAAAAUCCAGAAAAACCAGGAGAAGGUGCAAAAAACUGACUGAGACAUAAACUCAACAAGACGCCUCAAAUUCUUCCAAACGGCCAGUAACUUUGAAGCAACAGGCACAGAUGGCUUGUGAGACUGACCCCAGUACGAUCGGGCCGGGAGAAGACAAAGCUUCUCUCGGGCUUUGAUUCCGCCAGCGGCAUCCCGCCGGAGUAUCUGGAGAUCAGGCUCUCUGCUUUCUGAUGACUCGUUGUUUGUGUCGCUGCUCAGUCGGUCUCAACACAAAGCGUCGUUCACCUUUCUAAGGAUGAGCCGUUUUGUUGCUUUAUCUUAUACAUAAAAAAAAAAAAAGUGAGUGGAAAGAAUGCGUUGUAUUUGAGUGUUGGUGUCAGUGUAUGAGUCUGUCUGGGAGCCUUUGUUCAAAUCAUAUGCAACUGAAAGAGGGCAGGUAGCAUCAGUAUACAGAUGGGUGACAAAUUAAAGGAAAAGCAAAUUGUGUCAACCACCAGAGCAGCUUCAGUGUGCCCCGGCAUUGAUUCUACAAGUUUCUGGAGGGAAAACGCUCCCUUCAUCAAAAAUAUAUUCCCUCUUUUGGUGUUCAUCGUGAUAGCUGUCAGUUCUGUUGACUGUGAAGGCCACAGCUAAUGUUUCACAUCAUUCUCGUUAAAACCAUUCAAUGACUCAAUGUGCUCUCUGUGGAUUGGGGUUUCAUUUCUGUUUUUCCUCUAAUUUAUCACCCGUCUGUAAUUUGCCUUUUGAGGACUUAACGUCUGUUAUGUACAUACUUCAUACUUCUGUGAAGUAGCAACUGUCAAACUGUCUUUGGCUCAGUCAAACGUGGACAUGUUCAAAUUGGCACUGCGCUUCAUUUCUUUUACGAGUAGUUCCCAAACUCCCCAUCAAGCUGUUGCACUGCUAAUCAGUGUUGUUACUCGUUUAUUUUUUUUUAACUAGACUUUUGUUCUCAGUCAAAUAAGUUAAACUUUAAAAAACAUAAACCUGAUACUUCCCAAGCAGGUAACCUUAGUUACCUUCAGCUUCCUGAAAACAAAUUUGUGUGAUGUUAGAACGCAACACUGUUAUUCCCGUUAGGCAGCGUUUUCAUAAAUGUGUGUGUGUGUGUGUGUGUGAUCUAAUCCCUAAACUCUGGCUCACACAUAAAAACCUGGUGUUCUCGCGAGGUUUUCAUGUGACUGCCUCUCUAGCGGUUCCAUUUUUAUGAUGUAAUUAGCAUAAUGCUAACAAAUUGUAAUGUAAACGUAGGUCUAUUGUGUUUCCCUCUAAAUUUUUACGUGUGUAGGAAGAGCUUUGAGCGUAGGAAACGUUUUGUCACAAAGGUUCAAAGUUCAUGCAGAGUUUUUGGAUUUGUCAUCACUGUGCUGCUACCGUUCCCUUUUCAUUCUGUAAUGAUCAAACGCUGCUAUUAGCACUGGUACUGUGAGACUAUGACGCACACUGAUGAGUAAUCAUGUGCUGGAUUAUUUUUAUUUUAUUCAACUAGACGUACUAAAUUAAAUAUUUAUAAGAAUUAAUUGAUUAAUGGCCAAUUCCAUGGCUUUUACUCUCCUUCAUUGUCAUGGUCUUUUACUCUCCUUCAUUGUCAUGGUCUUUUACUCUCCUUCAUUGUCAUGGUGUCUGGUUCACAUUUCAUGCUUGUUUAAAAAUGGCACUCGAGGGUGUUUUUGUCAGGGGGUCGGUGGGUUCAAACGAACAGCUGUAGUGGUGUCGGGUCUCUGUUGCCUUAUUCUCCCUCCAGCCUGUCACAGCAAAACACUGUCCUGCUUCUUUUAUUUUGAAAAACCAAAGACAAUUGCAUUAAAUUGUCUUUUCACACCCCCUUCAUACAGUAGUGCUGCUGAGGAGGGUCAUAGUAUUUACACAUCACUUUUAUUGAUGAUUGACGAGUUACAGACUAAAAUGUUACAUGAGCUGCCAGGAUGCACAACACAGUGAAAUACUUCCUUGUUUUUAUGAUGUAGCCGAUGUUAAACAAAUGUUUUCAUCAAUCUUCUUGAAUCUGUAACUGGUGCCUGAGUACGAUCAGUGACGAGAGACAGUUGACAAUUUCUCUGUGUACAUUCUUGUAAAGAAAUAUUUAAAAUUAAACACGUAAUUGCAA